UGCACCAACAGAUCCAUAAUAAAGAUUGCUGCAUAUUUUGUUCCCAGGUGAAACUCUCCAUUUCCUGGUGCAAAUGAAUCUACAUAUAAAAAAAUUUUUCCCACCCAUCUGGAACAUAAUGGUAAACCAUUUAGGAUUAUUCUCCUGGAUGUCAAGAUGACUCCACUAAAGACCGGCAAUCCCCACUCUGAAGAAGACAACACAGAGAGAAUGAAGACAGCAGUUCAGAGGCGACGUUCUGCGUCCACGGCUAUUUCAAAAGCUCUAAGCAAAUCCAGGUCUCAGAACAGGGAUGUUCCGGACCUUUCCAGGAACAGCAGGCUUAUCCAGGCCUUUGGCUCUCAGACCUCAUCUUUCGUCAUGGAGGAGUGUGUGCACCUGACCACAGGACUACACACCCAGGAGAGACACCUACUCCUCUUUACUGACACCCUCAUCAUUGCCAAGACUAAGUCUUCCUCCAGUCUGAAGCUGAAGCAGCGGGUGAGGCUCUGUGAAAUGUGGCUGGCUUCCUGCCUGGAGGAAGUUGCCGACAGGAAACUAAACUCAAAGGCCUCAUUUGUCAUUGGCUGGCCAACCACCAACUGUGUAGUCACCCUCAGUUCCUCUGAAGUAAUGGAGAAGUGGCUUUCUGCUUUACAAUGGCACAUCGCGAAAUCAAAAGCGGAUGAAAAUCCCCAUAAAAUCACCACGAAAAUGAUGAUGCUGGGUUUUGGAAACAGUAUAUCAUCAACGAACGUACAGGUGUGUAACAACGACACCGCAGAGAAAGUUAUACAGACCACUGUCCAGCAGCUCGGAAUUCCAGGCAGCCCGACUGACUACCAUCUCUGGGUAAUUUCAGGGAAAGAAGAAGUGCUGUGCCCACUUAUUGGGCAUGAGCACCCUUUCAGCAUCAUCAUGAACUCCCUGCGGGAUGCAGUAGAUCAGUCCUACUUAGCCAACAGUAAUAUCGUGAGCCCUGAUGGAACCCUCUACCUGGACCAGCUGCCCAAGGGACAUCACGCCCAGUUCAUCCUCAGACGUAAACCGACUGUUCACGGUCACAUCCGAGCAGAUUCCUUUCAGAAACAUGUUAAGAGGAAGAAGUCACUAAUAGCCUGGGCACUGAGAAGGGGAAAUGGCAGCCAGUCAAGCAACCAAUCAGAUUUGUCCAUCACUCCCCAGAGGUUAUUUGGCCACUCGUUGUCCUCAAUCUGUCACAAUGGAAACCUGCCUAAACCAAUCCUGGACAUGCUGUUUCUGCUGUACCAGGAAGGCCCAGCAACAAAGGGGAUUUUCAGACGCUCUGCUAAUGCCAAGACAUGUAAAGAACUGAAGGAGAGGCUGAAUGCAGGAGAUGCAGUUUGUUUGGAGGGGGAGUCUGUGUUUGUGGCAGCCUCUGUUGUCACUGAUUUUUUGCGCAACCUCCCAGGAAGUAUUCUCACCACGGAACUGUAUUCUAAAUGGAUGGAGGUUUUGGAAAUUGAUAAUACCGAUGAGAAGAUUAAAGAAAUCAAUAGGCUGUUGGAGGAGCUCCCUGACGUCAACGUCUCCUUGCUGCGCCACCUCUUUGGUCUCCUUUACACCAUACAGGAGAAGUCAGAGGAAAACCAGAUGAAUGCUUUUAACUUGGCUCUCUGCAUCGCCCCCAACAUGCUGUGGCUCCCAGCACCCGCAGGGCCUGAAGAAGAGAGCAAAUCCAUACAAAAGGUUGCCAAUCUAAUCCAGUUCCUAAUUGAAAACUCUCCCUCCAUUUUUGGCAAUGACAUUGAGUCUCUGUUUACUCAUCUAAACAGUGGACAAGGAGAUCUAGAGGAUGCCAUAGAUGAUUCAUUCCAUCAACUGUACUCUUCAGAUGAGUUUGAUUCAGAGCAGGAGAAGCUGAGAGGGUUAAACUAUUCUGAGAAGGAGUCCUGGAGUCUGGUUCUGAAACAGAAGGACCUGGUGGAAGACAGCACCUACAGCUGUGGGAACCUGGACGAUAUAUCCUUCUUCUCCAGUAACUCCGUCUGCUCCCUGACGAAGAUACACGGCAUGGAGCCAUCCCGGGACCGCUGCUCCUCUGAACCUAGCGUCUGCCUGAGUUCUCAGCCCCUUCCACAGCUCCACACCCCUGUUGCUCGCCAGUCCAGCUGUGAUGCAGCUGUGAUGCGCGGUCAGGUUGAAGGGUCCCAGCUCAGGCACAAGCUGAGCGUCGAGUCCGCCAGGGGGCAAAAGGGAGAUGUCAGCCCCAGGAUGAGUGGCAGGUCCAAAUAUACUUUCUGGAGGUCACCUCAGAUUACUUCCAGGUUCAAGCACCCCCAUGGGCUGAGCCUGUCCAACACGUCCAGCUUCUCCAGCCUUUCCUCCACAGCCACCUCGCCCUCAGCAUCUUCUCUGAGCUCUCUGGACAGCGCCUUCUCCUACUGCUCAGACUCCGUGUUCAGUUCCACCACCUCAACAUCCAUGCCCUUUUUGUUGGGAUCCUCUGCAAGAAUGAGACCUUUGACCCCAGACGAAGCAGGCGGGUACCCCAUGGAUUGGAGCAGAACAUUGCCAGCUUUCUCAACACGAGAGCCUUUGGAUUUAGGCUGGUGCGAUGAAUAUAAUGAAAAGGAGGAGGAAAACUGCAUGUUUGAUGCUGAAGCUCUUGCCGCAACCAGCAGUCCAUUUGCAGAGUCUGGCCACAGGGAGCCCGGCUGCCCUGAGAGCCACUGGGCUGAGCUGCAAGAGACUGAAUGUGUUCUUGGAUCUGAACCUGCCGGAGUGGAGGUGGACGGCAGUCAUUCAGAGCCAACAGAGGUCCAGAUGCACCAGCCCAAUGAACUGUCAGUGACAUCUGAGAAAAAGGUUCUGAACAGGGAGUUGUCUGUCAAACACAUACAGCUAACAAGGCCUUGUGCAUCGAACAGCUUAGAGCCUAAGAAAGAGACCAUAAAGAGGACCAAAAUCACGUUCUACAUGGGCUCUAAUACACUAGUGGAGAAAAGGCAGGUCUCCCAAAGCAUGGAAGGGCCUGGCUUUUCCAUGGAUUUGUCCAAUGCAGAUGCAAGACCUUUGGACAGCUCAGAGCCAAAAUGUCCGCCCAUGCAGGUUCAAAUACCCCAGACGGUGUUUUAUGGGCAGGAUAUCCCUUUGGCUCUGCAGUCGAUUGUGACCAGGCAGCCUGCACACUCCAAGGAGCAGUGUAAGCAGAGGAAAAUAGCUCUUGAGGGAGACCCAACACCCGAACAUUUAACCGAGUGCAGUUCUCCCUCACGAACAUCAUCCAAAACCCACAGUAAGGCUCCUAAUUCCAUACGUCACACAAUCACAAUAAGAUUGCCUGCAGCUGUCCGGAACACAGUGAAGGAAUAUUUCAGCCACAAUGAAAGUAAGAACUGCCUUUCAGAUGCAAAAGCUGUGGAAAAAGAGCUGGCCCGAAUGAAAUUAGAAUGAGAAAAGGGCCUUAUGGGGGAACCAAAGGAAUAUUUUCUAAAAGUGCCAUAUGAAGAAGACUAUUUGUCUGAGUAUACUGACAUUGUUGAGUUUUUACUGAUUAAUUAGACAACAUUCAGUUGUACAGUAUUCAAUGAGGCGCAAACUCAUUCAGGAAUUGUAAAGCAUUUGUUUAUAAUGUGAGAGUCAUACAAUGCCAUACAAUGAGCGUCAAGCAGAAACAGAAUAAUUAAUGUAAAUGCACUUUGUGGCACCUUUGUUUGACCAAUUUCAGUUGUAUAUAUCAUUCUGUCACAACUCACAAAAAGUUCUAUUAUGGUAUGAUAUGCAAACAUAUUUAUCUUCAUAUUGAUAAUAGUGUGGUUUCCUUUGACACAGAUACAUUAAUGCAAGUACUUUAAACAGUCAUUACGUACUAUCCAUGCUUCAAGCUCUCAUUCUGUAGAUAGACUCCUGAAUCUUCUUCUAACCAUGUCUUCUUCCGCAAAUAUGUAGAUGCUCUUAUGUUAGCCUGAGCAUUUACCCAGAUGCGGCAGCCAGAAUAUCUGCCACUGUAUAUCAGAGGACCAUUUUAAAUGAUUCAGCUAAUUGAACAUGCAACUGGGGAAGCACUCAAUUAGCUGAUUAAUAAACACCCCUUCUAUUGUCACUAAAACAUUUGCACUCUAUAUAGAUAUUCUGUGAAAAAAAAACAUUGUCUUCUUAAUUUUUUAAUAUUUAUUCAAACAGCUUUUAAACUGCUUUCCCCCACUUAUUAAAAAUAUUAAUUUUGAUUUGUGGUGGCCAAAUAUUACAAUUUGUAGUUGUAAGUGAUACCAGUAAAGUGACAUUAAUAUUAGUUUGUAGAGUGUGUCAUGGGGUAUAUACAAUGGAAAGUUUUAAUUCGAUUUUUAUAAAUGAUUAUAGAGGCAUGUACAGAUGAAAACUGAUGCACUGCACAUAUGAUCCUGGACAGGACACCAGUUUGCCAAAGAUAUUUUGUCCCUGUCUAUUUCAUUAAUACUGAGCCAGAUGAGAUGUUGCUGGCUAGCUUCGAUUAUGUGCCUCAUUAUUGUUUUCUGACUGAGGAAUAGUGUGUUAACUUGCGACCAUCAAUAUUGAUCUGUAAUAUGAGGGAACGUGAGGACAAGAGGAGGAGCGAGAGUACUAGAGAGAGGCUGCUGGCAUAUCCUGGGUGCCAUCAGAAACACAAAAGGAGAGGUCCAUUAUAUCAUGGUGAACUGUUUCUAAAAAAGUCCUGAAAUUCUUCGAAACUAUCUGGAUGGAUAGAUUCCACUUACUCAAGGUAAGUGGAAACAUAGGGUAUUUUAAUUUUGGGUGAACUGCUCCUUUAUAUAGACCAGACAGAUGUCUUUAUAUAGGCCACUAUGGGGACAGUGAGUUGAUUGAAUGCUUUUGUGUCAGCACGAUUGAGCUGUUUGAAUUAGUUGACUAGGCAGGGUGUGGCAUAUAUCAGCACUAAGAUUUUAUGCUAAUUGUGCUUUUCAGAGCAGUUUAGCAGAUACAAUUUAUGUCAACAAAUCAAGCAGUAGCAGUAUUGUAGCCUAGCAACAUUCACAUGACAUGAUGUAUCUCUGGUGUAUCAUUAGUGACAAACAAGCAAUCCAAGACAACUCCAUUUGUAACAAUGAUUACAUUUAUUUAUCUAUAUUUUCAUACUUCAAUGAGCACAGGCAUUAUAUUGGAUAUGAGUGUGAAUAUUUUACUCAGAAUAUAGCUCUGCAUAUUCAAAAACAAUGUUAAUUGUAUCUACUUGUGGGCUGUUCUGGAAAUGUGACAGUUGUUGAUAAUCAGCACUUUGCUACAAGACUGUUUGGUAUUCAUUAUUCAAUGCAAUGUAAAUUCAGUGAAAAUGUUCCAAGGAAACAUGUCACAGUCUGGAAGAGUCACUGAUUCACUGUUGAUGCCAUCUUCUCAUUCUUGACAUCCUUUGGCACUUGCACAGUCAUUCCAUCCAUCCAUUUUUGUACACAUACUUGGCAACCGAGACGAGACCUGGCAACAAAAGCGCACUUGCUUAAUAUUCAUUUUCCCAGCAAUUGCACCUGCCACAAAUCCUGUGACAUAAUGUUUAUGAAUAAAACAUCAUAGUAAGUAACCCUGGGAUUUCUGUAGGAAUAGUAAGCUGAUUACCCGCUUUAAACUGCAAUCACAAGAAGAUAUUUCAGACAUUAGCUCAAGGAGACCAGUGAACAUGUCCAUAGUAUGUCAAAAAUGUAAAGAGGAGACCUACGUUUCAGUCAGCCCGUAAGCUAGGUCCAGCAUAUCCACCUCUUCAUCUACCAUGGGUUCCAUUUUCUGAAAAAUGUUUUCUUCAAAAAUGAGGUGACAGGUUGAGCAUGCUAAUGUUCCAUCACAGGCCCCUGGACAAGAGACCAAUCAGUCAGGGAGAUCAAACAUAUUCAAAAGCCAAUUUCUCAAGCAAGAAAAAUGCUUUUAUCAUUCAUUGUCUUUCUUUUUUUUUUAUCAUGUUAAUUCCCACAUUUAUUAAUGUUUUUUAUUAUUUAUUAUGGCUAAUAAGAAAAGAAAAAAAGGCUGUUCUUAUAUUGGAUUUCUUGUUUUUGGUACCGAAAUAGGUUCGGUUUUGCUCAUUCCAUAGACAACAUAAAAACAAAUAGCUUACAGCCCCCACUGUAAGCUAUUUGGAAUCAACCGAAGUCCAAAGUUUUACAUAAAAAUUAAAAAAAUGUAUUUCCCCAAAAAACAGGCUCCACAAUUAUUGGCACCCCUGGUUUAAUACUUUGUGCACCCCUGGCAAAGAUGACAGCCAUGAGUCUUUUUCUAUAAUUUGUGAUAAGGUUAGAGAACACAUUUGGAGGGAUUAUUGACCAUUCCUCCAUGCAGAACUUUUCAGAAUCAUUGAUAUUCUUCGGAUAGCCCUCUCUUCAGUUCAGACCAAAGGCCUGGAGACAACCUUCGGACUCAGGUUGUUUUUGUUGUGAGGCAAUACUGUGCUGUCACAUAUGUAGCUCUAGCUACCAAUAAAAAAUAGCUCUAUAUACAAAUAUGCAAUGAGCAUAUGCAAUGGGAUAUGCAAUGGGCCAUGCAAUGGGCCAUGCAAUGGGAUAUGCAAUGGGCCAUUAAAUAUCUAGUGGUCAUUUGGUCAGGUUACUAUUGAUGACAUAACUGAACCUAAUAGCUCAGAAUCUUGUAAUAAAUUUAACUCAUCUCAUUUCAUCCCCACAUUAAAAAGAUGGACAUGUUUAGACUGAUGUAAGUUGUAUUGCAAUGCAAUUAAUUUGUUUACUGUUGCUGAUAUUUCAUGCAUACCGUACAAAUGCCAUACAAUGUAGUCUGAAGCCAUUCACAAUUUACCUUUACAGUCGCAUUAAAGAACAAAUUAAUAAAAAAAAUCUAACCAAUAAA